AUGGUAGUGGCAGUGCCCCUUCUGAACGUUAGAGAAAGCCAUGGUCUGCAUCUGAGUCCUCUGUCUCUCGUCCAUGGCCCCUCCCCUGCUUUCCCCUUCCCCUCGCACCUCUUGUCCAUGGCCCCUCCCCUGCUUUCCCCUUCCCCUCGCACCUCUUGUCCAUGGCCCCUCCCCUGCUUUCCCCUUCCCCUCGCACCUCUCGUCCAUGACCCCUCCCCUGCUUUCCCCUUCCCCUCGCACCUCUCGUCCAUGACCCCUCCCCUGCUUUCCCCUUCCCCUCGCACCUCUCGUCCAUGGCCCCUCCCCUGCUUUCCCCUUCCCCUCGCACCUCUCGUCCAUGACCCCUCCCCUGCUUUCCCCUUCCCCUCGCACCUCUUGUCCAUGGCUCCUCCCCUGCUUUCCCCUUCCCCUCGCACCUCUUGUCCAUGGCCCCUCCCCUGCUUUCCCCUUCCCCUCGCACCUCUUGUCCAUGGCCCCUCCCCUGCUUUCCAAUUCCCCUCGCACCAUUUUAGGCGGUAA